CUCUCUAUAUAUAUAUGUAUGUAUAAAUUUCUGCAACUCAACUCAACGGAAAAGUAAACCCUUUUCAUCUCUAAUAAUUUGUUUUCCGGCGACGGCGGCGGCGAAGAUGACGGCCGGAGUAAUGGAGGUGACGGUUGUUCGUGCUCGAGGUCUUAAAAACACUGAACUCUUUGGUAAAAUGGAUCCUUACGUAGUUAUUCAAUACAAAAACGAAGAGAGGAGAAGCACAACUGGUCAGCGAAAACGGCGUACUGUAUUGUCUCGAAUGCAAUGUUGUAUUUGUAUUCAAGGACAAGGUGGGCACAACCCAAUGUGGAAUGAGAAUUUCAAAUUCGAAGUAGAGUACAAAGCCGGAGGAGAAGAACAACACAAGCUUCUUCUCAAACUUAUGGAUCACGAUACCUUCACUCACGACGACCAUCUUGGACAAGCAACAAUCUAUUUGGAGGAAUUAUUCGAGGAAGGGGUAGAGAACGGGAAGGCUGAAAUCCAUGCACAAAAAUAUCGAGUUGUUUCCAGCAACCAAACAUACCACGGAGAAAUUGAAGUUGGAGUAACCUUCACUAUCAACGCUGGAAAAGGGAGUAUGAAAGGGAGUAUGAGUGUUGCUCAUAAACAUGAAAAUGGAGGACAUAAGAAGGAAAGCCUAACCUAAUUAGUUAGUAGUUCAUAUGUAACAUCCAUUAUUACAAUUUAUUGAUAUGGUAGUUUACAUAUACAUAUGCUUAAUAAAUUGUGUGUUUGAUUGAAGGUUUGAAUUUUGAGUUGGAAUUUGAAUAGUAAAAAUUUUAAAUUUGAAUAGUUGUAUUAUGUUAUAUAAAUAGAUGUUGAUGUGAUAUUUUG